GCAUCCGAAGAAGUCGGCUCUCGUAGUACUUUCGCCGCCGACUUCUUCGAAUUCGAAAAACCCUCGCUCGACCAGGACCGGAAACCUCACCUUCUCCCUCUCCCCUUCCGUGACCGCCUCCUCCGCGAGCAACCACACUCCUCUCUCUCUAAACCUACCACGACGACGAUGAUCUCCUUCUCCACCCUCCGCUCCAAGCUCCGCGCGAUCCCCAUCCAUGGACUCUCCAACCUCUCCUCUCUCCUCGCCCAUCCCAAACCCUACAACACUGAAGCUACGGGAACCAUCCCUAAACCCCUCUCUUCGCUCUUCCUCAAACCGGCGUCGUCUUCUAGGGUUAGAGAUGGCGCCGUGCAGCGGGGAAGGAGGAGGAUUAGGUCUUCGGACUCCGCUCGGUAUCGGGCGAUGGAGGAGAAGGAGUUCCCCAAGGAGCUCUCGCCGGAGGCGGCGUCGCUCGUGCGGCGGUUGCGAGAGGAGGGUUACUUGAAGGAGGCCAACUUCGAGCCCAAUUUCGCAGGGGAGGCGCCGAUGGAUCCGAGCGAGAUCCCCCCCAAUCUCUACUCUCGCCAUUUCCUGAAAUCGGCGGCCGAAAGGUUCGGGCAAGACCAUCAGGAGAUUGCAAAGUGGUUGUCUGGAAGUGACUUGAAAAAGGUUGCCCUUUUUGGCUGCCCAUCUGUUGAACGGAAAACUGUUUUUGCUGCUAAAAGACUGCGCUCCUUCUUCAGCAUUCAAGAAGAUACUACAUGCCAUGCAUGCAAGCUGAAGAAAUCUUGCAAAUUUGUCCACCAGAAGGUAGCCAGACAGGAGAAAUUGAUACUACCGGAUGUCAUGAGGGUUCUUACUUUAUUUGCAUUGGAUGCGAUUCCUCGGCAGCUGUUUGUUCCCCUUGAAUUGAAACUGUCUGCUGACAAACUGCUGAAGGAGGUUAUCAAUCUUAGUAGUUAAAAAGUAGGAGAAGCUUCGUGUAUGUGAAGGAUAUUUGCUUCUCCUGGGACUGAAGCUGAAGGAAUUGAGAAUAUCAUUAUGCCUAAUUGCAGUGGCCAUUCUGCCAGAGUUCUGUGAAACCUAGUUAUGGGCUUCAGUCGAUCAGCAAUAUUCGUCUUCUCACCAAAAAAGGAGGACUUUGCCUACCCUUUGUCCGUUGGCUGAAGCUUUGCAUCCUCAAGCGGAAGUUCCGCUGUGGCAUCACUGAAAUCCAUUAUCUGUAGGUUAAUACGGAAGUGCAGUUAAUGAAAAUAAAGAAAGGGGUGCAAAUUAAAACAUUUAUUAGUGUUGCCGUUAUUUUGGAUCAGUUUUUCCUUAUUUAAGCACAUUAGUGUUAUGAAUUAGAGUAGCAUCUGUGCAAAUUCCAAUGGCCGAGAGAAAAUUUUGUUGGAUUCUAGUAGACAAUAUGAUACUUCAUGAUAGAAUGUAAUCCUAUCAAUGAAAUAGGAUAUACCUCCUUUGGUUUCUCUACUUAUGAGCUGAUGCUGUUUGGAUCAACAAUAGAGUAGUGGACCUGUUUAGAUGAAGUUGCAGAAUUAUUCUGUUUGAUCUCUUCUGAAAAUUGAACAAAAGUAUCCGUAUGGACUCUACAUUUUGAGA